AUUUAAAUUAUACGUGAACAUUAUCAUAUAACAUUCAUAGUUUUAGAGAAAAAUAUUUUCGAGGUUCACCAUGUUCAAGUCAAGCGUCCUGCUUCAGGCGCAUUUCUACGACGGAAGAAGGUGAGUGAUCCAAUUCCAACUACGAAAAAACCAUGCCAGCCCGAUCAGCGACACGGUUGAAGCCGUCACACAGACGAGGGGCUUCGAUUUCUAAAUUCUUCAAGAAUCCAAAAGUAGCCUUCGCGUUCUCUCUGCUUUUCAUCGAUGCCCUCCUUGUCUCCAUAAUCAUCGCUUUCGUGCCUUAUACGAAGAUAGAUUGGGACGCCUACAUGUCGCAGGUGAGUGGGUUUCUUGAAGGAGAAAGGGAUUACGGGAAUUUGAAAGGUGACACAGGUCCUCUGGUCUAUCCGGCUGGGUUUCUGUAUGUUUAUUCUGCGAUUCGGUUUGUGACUGGCGGGGAGGUCUACCCUGCUCAGAUUUUGUUUGGCCUUCUGUAUAUCGCGAAUCUGGCAAUCAUCUUAUUCAUCUAUGUGAAAACUGAUGUGCUUCCAUGGUGGGCUGUCUCUCUACUUUGUCUAUCAAAAAGAGUGCACUCCAUUUUUGUGCUUCGUCUCUUUAAUGACUGUUUUGCUAUGACCCUCCUCCAUGCCGCAAUGGCAACGCUUCUUUGCCAACACUGGCAUCUCGCUUUGAUAAUUUUCAGUGGAGCUGUUUCAAUAAAGAUGAAUGUGCUCCUAUAUGCUCCACCUUUACUGCUCCUUAUGUUAAAGGCUAUGGACAUUGUUGGGGUGAUAUCAGCUUUAGCUGGGGCUGCUCUGGUGCAGAUUCUGUUGGGGCUGCCUUUUAUUAUUUCGCAUCCAAUUGCUUAUUUAGCAAGAGCUUUCAAUCUUGGGCGCGUCUUCAUUCAUUUUUGGUCUGUUAACUUCAAGUUUGUUCCUGAACCUGUUUUUGUGUCGAGGGAAUUUGCUAUGUCUUUGCUGGCGGCUCACCUUGGUCUACUUUUUGCAUUUGCUCAUUAUAGAUGGUGCAAACAUGAAGGAGGUCUAUUUAAUUUUUUGCAUUCUAGAUUUGUCUCUAUGAAGCUAAAACUUGCUGUUUCAAGUUCUUUUCCUAUUAAGCAAUUGAAGGAUAGCAACUCAAAGAUUCUCACAACAGAGCACAUUGUGACAACUAUGUUUGUUGGGAACUUCAUCGGUAUUAUAUGCGCUCGAUCAUUGCAUUAUCAAUUCUACUCCUGGUAUUUCUAUAGCUUACCGUACUUAUUAUGGAGGGCGAGUUUUCCUACACUACUACGUCUGCUGCUGUUUACAAUGGUGGAGGUCUGCUGGAAUAUUUACCCCUCAAAUGUCUUCUCAUCUGCUCUGCUUCUCUGUGCCCAUCUAGUUAUUUUGUGGGGCAUUUGGGUUGCCCCACCCGAAUAUCCAUACACGGUUGACAAAUCUUCAAACAGAAGCAAGAACAAAUGACACCCAUGCAUGCGACUUUGCCCCCUUUUGUUUUUUCUUCAGGAGUAGGGAUGGAUUGGGGCUGUAUUUCUUUCUAACUCUUUUUCUUGAGGAGUGUUCAUGCGGCGGGCUAGCUUUCAUUUGCAGAAUCUUUUGACUUUAAUUUUUAAGGCUUAAAUUUUGAAA